UUAGAAAAAAUGAGGGCUGUCAGUUUUGUUAAAAGACUUCAGUGGGAUCUACCUGGGACCGUGUGUAGGCAUGGAUUAACAAUAGGAGAUGUUGACAACGACGGUGAUAAUGAAUUAGUUGUCGGUACUGCAGAGGGAGAGCUUUAUAUUUUUAAAGGAUCAGAAUUAUGGCAGAAAAUACCUGGCUUAGGUCUUGUGACCAGUGUAGCAAUAGGAGAUAUUUUUAAUUACGGACGGAAUGCGUUAGUAGUAAUAUGCGGAGAUGGUUGGGCACAUAUUUUUUACAGCCCACGAUCUGUCAAUCCUAGUAUCAUAAAUGUAACCACUACUCAACAAUCAUCUAAGGAAACAGUUGAUCAAGAUAACAUUAAGUCUGGCUAUGCAAGUGUGGAUGUUGCAACAGGUGUGAAUAUGAUAAGUUCUCAAAGUUUAGAUCAAAUAGAUGGCAAUAACGAAUUCAACGAAUUGUCUGGUAAAAUGGAGUGUGUUCAUGUACAAAGAAUUCCAACCAACACAAAGGUGGUGUUAGUAGCAGACGUGGAUAAAGAUGGUGCAAAUGAGAUGAUACUUGGCUUGACCGAUCGCGUAGUUAGAUCUUACAGAUGGUCGAGCAAUCUAGAACUAGGUAGAGGAAAGCUAGUUGGAUUGAAUAAAUGGGAAUGCGCGAAUCAAAUAGGAACGGUCACGCUACAGCACAUGGCCGAUGGAACUCCAACGUUAUUAGUUGCUCAACCAGGAGGUACAUUUAUGCGAAUUAAGUGCAAUCCCGAAGACUGCCAUUUAGAAGACGAUACUCAUCAAACAAGUAACGAAACAGCUGCUAGCUGCGUAGAUUAUCAAACGUUGGGAAUAUCGAGAAUGCGUAAUCAGAAUAUCUCGACGGAAAUCAUGGGAAAUCUGGAAUCUACAGUGGAAAACAAGGUGCCGAAUUACGAGUUUAAAGAGCCGUUCAAACAGAACGUCUCGAGCGAGAUUCAGCAUGGUAAAAACUACAAAACUUCCUCGUUCGAAUUGAAAAGAAACAAUAAUUCGCAGUCGGAAGUAAGGAAGAGUAGCUUCGAUUCGGUGGAAGGGCGUAGAAAAAGUACAGCGAUAGAAAGCUCGAAAAUAGAUAAAAUUUGUGAAAACAGCGAUCCUUCCAGUCGAGAUCAAGUCGACGGUAACAUUAUGGGAGGCAACGUGAUCCUCGGCGAUUACGACAUAAAGUCAGAAAAGGAAUCUCUGUUACCUACGUACAAAGAUUUUUCAUCUCAGGACAACAGCAACGUAGAGUGUGUGAAAGAAAAAGCAAAAACCGAGGCAGACUCGAACGUGCAGAAAUAUUCGUUACAAGGGAAACCCUACGCUCUUGCUACUUUAGACGGGACGAUAAUGUUGGUCAAGGAUGAAGUAAUCUUAUGGUCGAUGCAGGUGGAUCAUCAGAUAUUCGCGUUAUGCCGACUAGACGUAACAGGCGACGGUUCCGACGAGAUAGUGGCUUGUGCAUGGGACGGGCAAACCUACAUUUUAGAUCAACAACGUAACAGCGUACGUUUCCAGUUCGAGGAACCAGUUCGAGCAUUUUGCACCGGUAACUACAACGUUACACCGGGAAUUUCGACACCGUGUCUCGUGUACAAUAGCUUCAACAAUAAGAUUUUUCUUUAUUACGACGUUACACUUCCAAGCAUGGUUACUAAACCGUUAAAUCCAAUGGAGGAACUCGGUUCCGAGGAGAGAAAUAUUUUAGACGAACUGCUGGAGAACUGUACCGAUACCGAGCGGCAGCAAAGAAUGCAACAGUUCACCGAAUGGUUGUUGUAUAGAAUAUCCUAA